AUGCGUUCUUCAACUUUCUCAACCUUUGCCAUCUUGGCAACCUCUUUGCUGGCCAAAGAAGCUCUCGCUGGACGGUAUGAUGUUCGGAAGAGAGCUGCCCUUCUCGAAGUAGUCACCGACAGUGUUAUUGUCAUUGAGCAAGCUACCGUCACUGAGGAGCCAGAUGGAUCGUACGAGACUGGGCUGCCUGUGGUGAUUGGGACCACGACCAUCGAUGGCAUCCCCGUCGUCGUUUCAAGCACUGAGCUUCCCGUCUCUCCAGAGGCUACCGCACCAGCUCCAGUCAAGGCAGCGGUCCAAGAAUCAAGCACUGCGUCUCCCUCGUCAGCAGCAGUCUUCUUUCAAGAACCCAAGAUCGCCCCAGCACCUGCCACAAGACCCGCUGCCUCAACUUCGUCAACCACAUUGGCUGUCCCCACGACUUUUGCUACCUCGACCACUUCCAGCUCAAGCUCUUCGAUCUCUUCAACCUCUUCAGCCUCUUCCACCUCAACCUCCAUCAGCUCGACUUCUUCCAGUUCAACUUCCUCGAGCUCGAUCCCUCCCAGUUCGACCUCCUCCACUGCCGCCCCUGCCAGCACCGCUACUAGCACCAGCUCCGGAGACAAGCGUGGUCUUGCUUAUAACGACCCCUCCCUCCUCUCAGGCUUUCUCGGCGCCAACUCCAAGACCUCUUGGUGCUACAACUGGGGUUCUACCAGCGGAGGCAUCAUCCCCUCAAGCCUUGAAUAUGUGCCCAUGCUCUGGGGUCUCGCAAGCAGUUCAACCUCGGGCUGGGCCGCCGCAGCAAGCAGCGCCAUCGCAUCCGGCUCCUCUCAUCUCCUCAGCUUCAACGAGCCCGAUCUCAGCUCCCAAUCCAACCUUGGCUACGCGGAGGCCGCCAGCGGCUACAAGACAUACAUGCAACCAUUCGCUGGGAAGGCCAAAUUGGGCGCCCCAGCUGUGACGAAUGGGGCUGCCGACCAAGGAAUGGGAACCGGCUGGCUCACCAACUUCCUCCAGGCCUGCGACGGCUGCACCAUCGACUUCGUUCCCUUCCACUGGUACGGAUCCGCGACCGACCCCGACUCCUUCAUGAGCUACGUUUCGACCGUCUACACAGCCAGUGGAAACCGCCCGCUCUGGAUCACCGAGUUCGGCGCUAGUGGUACUGCUGAUGAGCAGCAGACCUUCCUGGAUACAGUGAUGCCAUGGCUCGAUAGCCAGAGCUACGUCGAGCGUUAUGCGUACUUCAUGGUCUCGGACGGAAACCUACUCUCGUCUGGCUCAUCUCUGUCGGCAUUGGGCAACACCUUUGCCUUCUCUUCUUAAAUAGAUGCGAGCAAAGCGAGCGGUUGUGGAUAUGCAGG